CAUCAUGCCAUGACCACGGGCAGAAAACCACCGAAUCAGACCACACGCACCGGCCACCACAUGCACUAGAGUAGAGCAGAAUUGAGUCAGUCCAUAGAAACCAAGAUGACUGAGCAAAUCCCCGGGCCCCCGGGGCUGCCAAUUCUGGGAAACGUUCUUGACAUCGACCCAGUAAAUGCUGUGAUUAGUCUGGGUCGUCUUGCUGAGCAGUAUGGGCCCAUAUUCAAGUUGACAGUUGGCGGCUCAGCCAAGAUCUUCAUAUCCAGUAGAGAUCUGGUGGAUGAAGUGUCGGACGAGAGUCGCUUCACGAAGCAAGUUGGUGGGCCUCUUUUACAGCUGCGAAAUAUCUGUGCCGACUCGUUAUUCACGGCUCACUCAGACGAGCCAAACUGGUGGCUUGCCCACCGUGUUUUGAUGCCAGCAUUUGGACCCUUGGCCAUCAGGGGCAUGUUCGACGAGAUGCACGACCUCGCAUCGCAGCUGGUUGUCAAGUGGGCGAGGUUCGGAGAAAAGGAGGUCAUCGAUGUGUCAUCAGACUUCACCAGGCUCACCUUGGAUACCAUAGCUUUAUGCUCGAUGAGCACCCGCUUCAACAGCUUCUACCAUGAUCAGAUGCAUCCAUUUGUUGGGUCCAUGAUCUCUGUGCUCCAGGAGUCCGGGAAGCGAGCAGUGAGACCACCAUUUGUCAACAAUCACAUCAUGCGAGGGUCUUUGAGGCAGUACCGGUCCGACAUUGAGACUCUUCGGCAGAUCGCCAGCGGCAUUCUUGCUGAACGGAGGGCCAACCCAUUAGAGAAGAAGAAGGAUCUCCUGAACGUCAUGAUCAACGGACGUGACCCUGAAACCGGCCAAGGCUUAUCUGACGAGUCGAUUCUCAACAAUAUGAUAGUGUUUCUAAUCGCAGGACAUGAGACUACGAGCGGUCUACUGUCAUUCUUAUUUUACUACCUUCUCACUCGGCCUGAUGUCUUCGCAAAAGCACGGCAAGAGGUCGAUGAAGUUGUAGGACGGGGCCCAGUCACCAUCGAGCACAUGUCGAAGCUGCACUACCUCGAGGCUUGUCUUCGCGAGACAUUGCGGCUGCACCCGACGGCUCCCGUCAUCACAUUCCAAACCCGCCCCGACUUUGAGAAAGACAGUACGACAAUUGGGAACGGGGCGUACCAAAUACUGAAGGGCCAAAGCAUUGUUGCGCUUCUCGUCCAGAUGCAACGGGACCCUUCGGUCUGGGGCUCCGACGCCGACGAGUUCAGGCCUGAGAGGAUGAUGGACGAGCACUUUUACAAGCUGCCAAAGAACUCGUGGAAACCGUUCGGCAAUGGGAUUCGCGGCUGUAUUGGCCGUGCCUUUGCGUGGCAGGAGAGUCUGCUCAUCACGGCUAUGCUGUUGCAGAACUUCGACUUCCGCCUUCACGAUCCCGAGUAUAAGCUCGAGAUCAAGCAGACUCUCACCAUCAAGCCAGGCAACUUCUACAUGCACGCUAGCCUUAGGGAGCAUCUUGACCCUCUGCAAUUGGAGAGAGCCCUCCACAGUGUAGGAGGAAAUGCCACACCGCAGACCCAGAAUCCGAGCCGAGGAUCUCCGUCGGUAUCUUCAGGUCGAUCAUCGUUGACCGCCAACGAGGAGCAACGGUCCAUGAGCAUAUUGUAUGGAUCUGACUCUGGGACUUGCGAGUCAAUGGCUCAAUCGCUUGCACAAGCAGCCACGGCACGGGGAUACGCAGCAUCAGUUCGUCCGCUCAACUCGGCCGUCGGCAAGCUGCCCUCCGACCAGCCUGUUAUCUUGAUUUCCUCGAGCUACAACGGCCAGCCUCCAAGCAAUGCCGUCAACAUGGUCAAAUGGUUGGAUAAUCAACAGGGCAACACAAAGAUCCUCCAAGGCGUCAGGUAUGCAGUAUAUGGCUGCGGCAACAAGGACUACGCCGCCACCUUUCACCGCAUCCCGAAGCUUUUGGACUCUGAAUUUGAGAGACUGGGCGCCCAGAAACUGGCACCAACAGGCCUGGGCGACGUGACGGUCGGGGAUGUCUUCAACGAUUUUGAGAAAUGGCAAGACGAGCAUCUAUGGCCAGCCCUGGGUUCCAGCGGCCCACUUGAAGACUACGUUGACCAUGGUUUGGCCAUUGAAAUUGACUGCAGCGGACGCCGAAAGGCGCUUCAAUUUGACGCAGAUGAAGCUGUCAUCUUGAAGAACGAGGUCUUGACUGCACCGGGCGAACCCGAGAAGCGAUACCUAACGCUGAAACUUCCCGAGGGCCUGGAAUACCGGACGGGCGAUCAUCUCGCGGUACUUCCCAUGAACGAUUGGAGCAUUGUCCACAGAGCCCUCAAGUGGGCCGGGUUGCCAUGGGACGCCGUUCUCACCAUUGCAAGCGGAGCAAACACGGCGCUUCCCACGGGGCGUCCAAUCUCGGCAAAGGACCUGUUGAGCGGAUACGUUGAGUUGAGCCAGCCGGCCACUCGAAAGAACAUCGCGAAACUGGUGAGUACUGCAUCGGAUGAGGCAACGCGAGAGAAGCUCCGAGCCAUUGAGGAGGAUUGCGAUAGCGGAUCUCCGCUCAGGACAUGGAAGCGCUCAGUCCUCGAUAUCCUGGAAGAGUUCCCGUCGAUCCAACUUUCCUUCGCUCAGUUUGUCGCCAUGCUUCCGCCAAUGCGUCCUCGACAAUAUUCGAUAGCGUCAACACCCAUGGCCAAUCCCUCUAUUGCCACCUUGCUGUGGUCCGUAGUUUUGACAUCGGAGCGUCUUCCAGGCUCAUCCAGGCAAUUUAGGGGGGUUGCCUCGACCUAUCUCGCCGGCCUAGUUGCGGGUGACAGAGUCUAUAUCAAGGUGAAACCCGCCCUCCGACUAUUCCACCCACCGAGUGAUGUCGAGACCUCACCAAUCAUCAUGGUGUGUGCGGGUUCGGGACUUGCGCCUUUCAGGGCGUUCGUGCAAGAACGAGCGAUGCAGGCUCAGGCAGGCCGCAAGCUGGCACCCGCCCAUCUCUUCAUCGGCUGCAGGCACCCUGAAAAAGACGCUGUUCUUCGGGAAGAGUUUUGCCAGUGGGAAGAGGCCGGUGUCGUGAAGGUACACUACGCCUUCUCUCGAGCCAGCGACAAGAGCAAUGGCUGUGCACAUGUUCAGGAUCGCCUUUGGAGUGAGCGGGCCCUUAUCAGCAAGAGCCUCUUCGAGGACAACUACCGGUUCUUCGUCUGUGGUGGAGCAGAGGUUGGAAGGGGUGUUGAGGAUGUCUUCAAGCGCAUCUACAGGGAAUCUCACGGCGUGGACAAGCAAAAAGAAGCAGAAAACUGGUUCCAAGAGUUGAAGUCCAGUCGGUAUAUCACCGAGGUAUUUUCGUAGAGUUUAGUUACGUUUUGGGGUGGACAGCUAGAGUCCAGGACUUACAUAAUAGGUACUUAGUCACAAC